AGGAAGGAGAAGAAGGGGGCGGGGGCGGGGGGGAAGGCCGGCAACCUGCAGCCCCCCGACCGCCCACGGAACUGAUUUGGUUUGGAGGAGUGACCUUCCUCUUCUUGUACUUUACAAUGAUGGAAGCCCAAUUCUUCUUGUGAAGGAUAUCGUUGUGAGAGAGAACUUGAUCACAGUAGCUGAAACUUAAAUGUUGGUCGACUGCCCAUCUUCCUGUCUAAACUGCCCUUCAUGUAGACCUGAGGAUUAACACUGCUAACUCAUCCACCUGUGCUGAGCCUCAUUCCUGUUAACUGGACAUCACUGCCAAGACAUCGUGAACUGCGGAGCAGAAAGUUGGGGUUUGGAUUUUUAAUUUUUUUUUUAAAAAAGAUGUACCCGUGCCUGUAGAGAUGAUUUACAGUUGGGUCACACUGGAGCUGACUGAAUGAAACUAUGGGCUGUGCCUCAGGCAAACAUGUUUCCACUGUUCAAAACGAAGAGGAAGCCCAGAAAGGAAAAAACUACCAGAAUGGAGACGUAUUUGGCGAUGAGUAUAGGAUCAAACCUGUGGAAGAGGUCAAAUACAUGAAAAAUGGAGCAGAAGAUGAACAGAAAGUAGCAGCCAGGAACCAAGAAAACUUGGAAAAAAGUGCCAGUACAAACGUAAGGCUUAAACCUACUAAGGAGGUUCCCGGAUUGGUCCAUCAACCCAGAACAAACAUGCACAUCUCUGAAAGCCAACAAGAAUUCUUCAGAAUGCUGGAUGAAAAAAUUGAAAAGGGUCGCGAUUACUGUUCAGAAGAGGAGGAUGUCACAUAGUGCCAAUUCUGCCAGUCAGAACAGGAGUUACUACUGUGUAAAUAGAUUGCAGCCCAGUCAAGGUCUUUGGGAAGGUCUUCUCCAGGGAACAGCACUACAUAACAAAAGAAGAUCGUUUCCAUAUUGUAUGCCCCCAUUAAAUUACAGUGUUUCUUAACGAACUUGCAAAAGGAAUAUGGUUAAGAACUAUUAUGGACCUGUCUUUGUUGCUGCUAGUUAAAACUUGUUGCAACUUUUCACUUCUCUGUGUCCAGGUAUGCAGCAAAACUCUUAAAUAUCACCUUAAAGACACUAUUGAUUUUACAGAGGCUGCCCGGCCUAUUUUCUAUCAGAUGAGGUAGUGGCAUAUAAGAAAGGAAACUUCCAUUCUAGACAUCCAAGCUCCUAAGACACGCACUCCCCCUCGAAGCUGUUUGUCGGUCCCAGAAUCCAAAUACGUAGCCUUACUGGCGAUUUUGAGCUUUGUAGAUGGGACGGUUGCUAAGGCGGGCCUCGUUUCUCUGCUCAGAAGAAACGGGAAACUUAUUAUCUAUUAAAAAAGCAUGUUGUCACAUGGGUCCUGGAACUGAUUGCAAGAGCAGCAGUUUGUUUCAUUUCGUAGGUAUCUUAAUUGAGGACUAAGCUUGCAGUACUGGCUUUUGCUCCAAGGCAAAUGGACGUGUGAUCACAAUCAUUUUGAAUCCCUUUUUUUUCUAAGAAAAUAAACAUUUUACUGUUUUUAUGUACCCUUGUCUUCUCCCAUUCAUCCAGUCCAGCGUUUUGAGAUUAUCUGGAGGUAAGGGAAAAGAAGAAAGACUGGUUCUCCUCCGUGGGAACCAAGGACGUUUUGGCUCGGCCGAUUUCUCCUCCCGCCCCGCACUGGCUGCCCCGAGUUCAACGUUUAAAAGCUCUGCCCCAGAGCAGCCCGAUGGUAGUGGUGGUGACAUCUUCCUAGGUCUUCCUCGCGUGUUGCGGAGAGCCUAGCUAUGCAGCUGUGAGGCUUGUUGAUUGUGUGUUCCGUAGAGUUUAUUUUUCCAGAUUGUAUGAAGAGGAUACUCUCGUCUCUGAGACAGAUGUGAUAUUUUUAACCAAUGUGAUCAUGAGUAAACAAUAAGAUGAAAAAGAAAACACAGAAGAAAGGUAUUUUUUUUAAAGCUGAGUUUCAUAGUUUGGAUGCAGGGUUGGGGGAAGAGGGGUCUCCGUUUUGAAGGAUUAUUGCUCUUCAGGGCCUGGCCACUGGAGGAGGCUUGGUUUCUGGCCCCGCGGUCCACCCACUUCACUGUCUGUUAACAGGAUUAUUCCACGGCCCCUUUCAGCUCGGGAGGCCCUUGGGGUGUCAACAUUGCCCACUUCUGAUGGAGGUGGUAAUAUGUGUGACACUUCGAAGAAGUAAAAAGAAUGACCCGCUGCAGAAUAAUGGGACCAGGAGUGUUCCGUCCAUGAUGGCCAGCCAUUUCUUCAGGGUCCUCUGCAUAAUUGCUGGCCUCUAUUGAUGACUAACAAUAUUUCUCUUCUUCGGUUUUAGGGAAGGAGGCUUGGGUGGAGGCGGGAGGAAGCGGGGACCUUAGACAGUAGAAAAUGGACUUCAAUGUAAGCAACAAAAAGCCCUUAAUUCUCUCAGCCAGAACAGCAGCUAUUUUGGGGAGCAGCUGUGUUUACAUAAAUAGAGAUGCAGUCAAUUUGUAAGGCCUUUUAUACAGCCUGUUGGGGAACUGCAGGACGAGCCAGGCCACCCAGAUUUUUUUUUUCCAAUGUGGUUUCAGUCAAUUUUAACAAUUUUCCUUAACCAGAUUGCAGAUGUUCCAGCAUUCUAGAUUGCCUCCCCGUCACCAGAGCUGUGCCCUUAGAUUGGUGGCUUACUCAGUGACGUUUUCCUGGGAUUUCUUGUGACAAGCAAUCAGUUGUAAUGUUGGAAAACAUGGCCAUCGUCUUCCUGAAUAAUGAUUUUUCAAAACUGCUGCCCACCUGCUGGAUUGGAGCGAGUUUUAAAGUCGUAAUCACCGACGUGAGGCCUCUGAGAACCUGCCCGAAACCUCGGAAAGAAAAUGAGAACAACUGUCAGGAAGGGUAAGUGUUUGAAGAAAGGUUUGAAAUUGAGGGUAAGGUUGGGGUUUCUUAAUUCCCAGGCCCCUGUGCUGCUGUUCAAAUUGCAUGAAAAGAACGUCUCUCACAUGUGUAACUUCUCUGUGGUAAACCUUCUGGAACAGCAUGAAUGAGGUCUUUGGUGCGAGUGUUACCUGUGGAAGGUUUGGGUUUUUGGGUUUUUCUAACUCCCUCAAAAGAGUGAAAUGAAAUAAAGAGCUUUUACUGGAGACCACUUUGCUUUUCUGAUCUCUCUUGGGGUGUGUAUGUGUGUGUGUGUGCCCGUCCAUCUAGUGUUUAAUCCUGCCACAAAUUUCAGGGUUCCCCAGCAGCACCGAGCUCUGUGUGUGAUUCGAUUACCUCUCCCAGGUCCUGUUGUAUCCAAAUGUCAUUUCAAACAAAGGGACAAAACCAUCUGUGUUAGCUUUGGGUGUAAAUUCCAGUGUCGAGGGGAGGGCAACCUUCAUUUACAAAGCUUGUUGGGGAAACUCUUUUAUAUGUCAUACUCUUCUCUCCCAUACCAUCCUGGCAUCCAUCUCACUGGUGACUCAUUAAUCUUGUUUUCUUUUCCUUUUCUGUAAGUGCGUCUGCUUAUGUCACCCUGCUCCAGACGAACAUUGUAACUGGCUGAAAUUCAUACUCCUCCUGAGGGAUGGUCUCGUUUCCCUCAUCAACAUUUUCCCCUCCACCACAUGUAGGCAUACACAUGGAAUUGCCCUCCCCUCACGUGUACACACACUCUCUCUCUCUCUCUCUCUCUCUCUCUCUCUCUCUCUCUCUCUCUCUCAAGGAGUUGCUUACUGUGUUUUGUGGCAGCAUCAUUUUGGAAUCCUUUUUAGAAUUUGGAAAAGAAGCUGCUUCGAACUGCAUUCGGGUUCUUGCCCUGCUUCUGUAACCCUAUUUCUUCCCAGGCAGUGCCAGAGUAUGUCAUGUAGAGAGCGUGAGCCAGACAUACAGAUUGGUACAAGAGAAGCUCUUCCCAGGCUCACCUGGGUCCCGGUGAUGAUACUCAGAAUACAAGGACCAUGCCGUGGAUUUGAUUUUCAUGUUGUCUUGCCAUUCUCGCUUGCCCGAAGCUUGGUUGCUUUUAGGAACAGUUCCUGAUGGAGCCGGAUGACAGACUGGACUGGUCUAACAUGGUUAACUGAGCUAGAACUUUCUCCUGGAGUCUCAAGGAGAACUUUUAGGCCAGCCACCCUCUAGCCAGUUUUUUUAAAAGUCCUACUUUCAAUUCCCUGGGACAAGGCCUGUGGUGUCUGACUGCUGACUGGAUUAUGUUUUGCUGGCUUUCUAGGGCGUGGUGGCUUCCAACCUCUCCACGGUGGAGGCCUGAGCCUUUUCUGAGCUGCACCAACCCAGGAUACCGCCACUGCCGACCAAGGCCGAGGAAUGGAAAGUGGACCCGGUGGCCUAGGGGGGAAAAUUGGCAGCAGCAGGAAGGACAGGCCUCAUCACCACUCACCACCUGCCCCCGUCCCCGGGGCAGUAAUCGGCACGUGGUUGACGGCAGCUUCUCUUUCUGGUGCUGCGGUCGGUGAGAGCGCUGGUUCUGUGGGGCAGGACUCCAAAAGCUCAUGGCCACAGACUGAGGAUGGAGCAGGAGCCACGUGCUCUCUGUUGGGGAGCUGACGGUUGACUUUCCCUGGCACCGAAACAGAGCAGGAGCUGCCCCUCGGGCUGAUCCUAGACUCUCAAAAAGCCAGUGGUGGUGGUCCUAGGAGUCACAGCUGUGGCCCUUCUGUCCUGCCGCCCUGGUAGUGACCUCGGAAAGCCAACUCCAUAGCCGUGGCGGUCCCCUGGGCUACAUUUCCCAGGUUCCUGGGACGGGGAUCUGGAAGAUGGCUGCAGGAUGAAGCCGUGACAAUUUGUGGCCUCAAGCAGCAUUUGUCUGCAGGGUGGCCGGUACGUAUUCAAGUACUGGUUCGCCAUGGUGUGGACCUGCCACAGCAAUAGUUCCUACAGCUGGGGGCUUGCAGGAGACUUUUCAGAAGGAUCAGAAGUGCUCAUUGGAGAAGCAGGGGGACAUUUCCAGGUUUCUCUGGAGACCCAGAAUAUCCCUCUAGGGAGCAGCGUGAACUGUGAACUACCCACCUGAGGAGAGCUCAGCAUCCCCAAGUGUCUCUCCCGAAGUCUCAGAAAUGGCAGCCACUGAGGUUGUUGGGGGGG